AUGGCGACUACCAAUCCAGAAAACUCUCUCAGCGAUGCUAUCAUUGCUUCUACCUACCCGGAAUACUCUCUCAACAAUGCUAUCGCUGCUUUUUUUACCAAAACAUCUGUCACACGUCCUGAAUGCGAUGCACGAGCAAUCGAAUUGACUGAAGGCAAGGCUAUUCCGGUUGAAGGGCAGGGCAACUGCAGCUACUCUGUUUAUGCUGGCCUUGACCAAGAAUACGUUGUUCAGUUCCGACUAAAGUCACUUGAGCUCAAAGACGAGACCUCUGUGUUAGCUAGAAAGAUUUUUGGGCAGUUGGCUCCCAGCGUGUCUUUUAAGGGCAAAAUGGGAGAGGAAACUAGUGGCAAAGAGCCCCUUUAUGCUUACGUAUUGGAGCGCAUGAAAGGCGUCACUCAAAUCGACUUUAUUCUGGCCAGCGGGUUUCCUAAAAACUCGCAAGAAACCUGCACCUCUCGUGAAAAUCUUAUUGUUGGUGUUGCAAAAUUUUUUGCUCUUUCAUGGAAUGCCCCUCAACAAGUUGACCCGGUCUAUCGUGACCAACUACAGAAGACAUACACCACGGAGCUCACAAUGUUGCAAACGGCUCUACCCGAUCUCUUUCAACCCAUCAUCAAAGAAUGUAUUGAAUCUAUUGACAACAUUUUCUCCUUGCCGAUGGUACUUCUCCAUCAAGACUUUUCAUCAUGCAAUAUCAUGGUCGACGAGAAGACUUGCCACCUAACUGGUGUUAUCGACUGGGCCGAGGCCGAAGUUGCUCCCUUUGGGUUGAAUCUUUAUACUGUACAAGGCCUGGCAGGACAUUUCCAUCUUAGAGACGGCUGGUCGAGAUACGAUGACUUUGAUCAUUUGCAAAGCGUCUUUUGGUCCACCUUCCACGAGGAAGUUGGAGACCUUUCAGAAGAAACUCUUUGCACUAUCAAGCUAGCACGAACCACGGGCUUGCUCCUCUCUCGUGGCUUCACUAAUCGGCUUGCGAAUCAGCACAAGCAUGUGCCCAUAGGCAAUGACGAGCAGGGACGCUACAAUAGGCUGUUUUUAGACGGUUUGCUUAUUAGUGCAGAUACAAGAUUUGAUUGA